GGGGACAGGCGGGGGAAUCCAGGCCCAGUGCAGGAAGCCACCAAAGCAUGAGCUAGAACAGGCUUCUUGCCGGCCUCAAGUCGUCUUCUUGUUCUCAUCGUUGUCAUAAUUUCUUGUUUUAUCUUGAAGGAAAAACCAGUGGAUUGGGAAAAUGAGGCUGAACGUCGCCAUCUUUUUCGGUGCUCUCUCCGGCGCCUUGGGGGUUUUGCUCUUUCUGGUGGCUUUUGGAUCGGACUAUUGGCUCCUUGCGACUGAAGUGGGGAGGUGCUCAGGUGAUCCACACAUAGAAAAUGUCACUUUCCACCACGAAGGAUUUUUCUGGCGAUGUUGGUUUAAUGGAAUUGUGGAAGAGAAUGACCCCAAUAUCUGGAAGUUCUGGUAUACCAAUCAACCAUCAUCCAAAAACUGUACCCACGCUUACCUGUCGCCAUAUCCCUUCAUGAGGGGAGAGCACAAUUCCACCGCCUACGACUCUGCCGUUAUUUACCGAGGUUUCUGGGCGGUUCUGAUGCUCCUGGGGGUAGUCGCUGUGGUGACCGCAAGCUUUCUGAUCGUCUGUGCAGCCCCCUUUGCCAGCCACUUUCUCUAUAAAGCUGGGGGAGGCUCAUACAUUGCUGCAGGAAUCCUGUUUUCCAUGGUGGUGUUGCUGUACGUGAUCUGGGUCCAGGCUGUGGCCGACAUAGAAGGCUACAAAAACAUGAAAAUGCAAGAUUGCUUGGAUUUCCAUCCUUCUGUUCUGUAUGGCUGGUCAUUUUUCCUGGCGCCGGCUGGGAUCUUCUUCUCUUUGCUAGCCGGAUUACUAUUUCUCAUUGUUGGACGGCACAUUCAGAUCCAUCACUAAUCAAACUGUUGCCUCUGGUAUUUUCUUGAGAAAUUUAAAACACAGUGUAUUUGUUUUGUUUUGUUUUUUCAUUUUUGUUUCAAUGAUCCCAGCAUGGUUCUAGUGGACGUAUCUUAUAAGUUGCCAUUUGAUUGAACAAUUUUACUAGUGGUUUACCCUGUGAUGAAGGUCCUAGGAUCUCUUCAGAAAGCAGCGUACUUCUUAUCCCAGUGUUGUCAAGGACCUAACCCUUCAGGGAGCUGAGAGGUGGCUCUGCCUUUCACAGCACCUUGCAAAGUCCUGUUGACAGUAUGAUGAUCUUUGCCUGGGCAAAAUAAAAUUUGGUUUCAAGUCUUCUUGGCGCAGUCUCUUCUGCUCUUAACUGAAAAAUAAACUCUGGAGAAUAAUUAAGAAUU